UUAAUCGGAGAAAACCAGUCUUGUUCACUUCCGACUAGUCAGACUCUUCAGCUCGCAUUCUUUCCUCUCUCCUACUUUGGACAUGGAAAAGGCAAACCCUAGCGGAGAGAAACCCGACGGACUGGAAAUAAUCUCCAUUGGAGCUGUGUACAGAGGAACUUGGGACAAGAAGUACUGGAGCAGCUCUAGGGGUAAAGAUCGAUAUCCUUAUCCAGUUGGGUAUCAUGCUGUUCGCACUCACAUUGGGAGCAUAUACAGGAUAGAAAUUCAUGAAGGUCUUAAAGGGCCACUGUUUGUGAUUACUUCUACAGAUGGACAGUCAUGUUCAGGUCAGACUCCAGAUAUUGCUUGGGAUUGCUUUCAGAAGAAAAGUGGUCCUCGGGUAAAGAUGUGGCAUGGGAAGAGAUCUUCUUGCAAGAUAGAUGGGGUGGAGCUUUUUGGGUUCAGAAAUCCGUUUGUCCAACGACUUCUUCGGGAGCUUGUGGCCAAUAUAAAUGGGACAGCAGAACAGAGUUUGCUAUCCCCCAGUUUCUUCAAUGGUGCUUCUGCACUAGAAAAGGAAACACGGUUUCCGGAUUCUUGUCAAUGUCCACUUUCGUACUUGGAAAAGCCACAUAUUACUGGGAAGCGAAGUAGAAAACACAAAAUGACUACCAUAAAUGCUAGUGAUGCUAGAGUUAAAAGAUUCCGGCCUCAACGUUUUUCAAAUGGUUCUGAGGCUGCAUCUACUAAACAUGAGAUUCAAAGGCUUCAUCAUGAUGAGAAAUGUAAUUGUACUUCACAUGUAGACCAUGAAAGAUGUAUAGAUCAAGGAACUUUGCCUGCGUCAAAGGACCUGCCCACUACAACUGAGAUGGGAAAUGGACCAACCUCUGUCGAAGAUGGUUCACCCUUUGAAUCUGCUCAGUCUUUCGACAAUUGUAGAGAGGAAACUGACUUUCCCCAGGAUACAAGGAUGGUUGUUGGGCUUAAAAACAACGAGCUUUUGAAGCAAGAGAGACUUGGAUGUCACUCAACCAUGGAAGUCAGCGAUGGAGAAAUCCUGAUUGUCACAGAGUCAAAGGUUGUCAAUGAUUCAGAUCUAUGUGCUCCUGACACCUUGGAUCUUCAGCAAGAUAAUAUUACUGAUUCUUUGCCAGAGGAAAGUCCUUGCACUGUCAGAAAUGAGGUAAUUGCAGCUACAAGGGAAUUACAUUCAGCAAAAGACAUGGACACAUCUAGUUUAAAUAUAAGUUCUCAGAAGAGUGACUACGAUUCGGUUGGGCAGGAAUUAACCAAAUCAAUGAUGACAGUUCUGCUCCCACGAGCACUUCCUCUACUUAAGAAGAUCCCAAUGGGAAAAAGGAGUCCUAUUCAAAGUUCAAAAAUUUUUGACACUAAAUGCGACCCUCCUGUGAGUUUAGUUGGCUUGAAGAUUCAGGAGGAAAGUAAUGGGUUCUGCCAUUUUCGCAAUGAAGCAUCUCCAAGUAAACUUGUUCCCCAAAUGCCUAGUAUCCCAAGUUCUGAAGAUUUAAAGUCUGUCAUACCAGACAGUUUUGAGGAUGAACAAUGUUGGAAUCAUGCAAGUAACCAGGGACAUAUUUUUUUUGAUAUAGCUAAUAAAGCACCUAAUCUUAAAGAUGUAUGCAAUCAUGAUGCUUUGGGACUGCUUGAAAGUGCUGAUAGGAGACAGGAGCUUCUAGUUUGUCGUAUUAGAACCAGUGACAAGGAGGAGCUUGAACAUGUUGAUGGUGGGAAAGAGUCUUUACAUGUUGGAACCGAUGGGAACAAGGAAUCCUGCUUUGAUGAAUUACUAACAACUCCCAAUGAAAGGCUGGAGAAGGGAGAAACUCUCACUGAUUGUUUAGGUUGCUUGUCUCCCAACAAACAGAUAUUUCUUGAAGAGUCAUAUAAUGCUUGCAAAAAUUGGGAUAAGAGUUCAUUACCUGUUGAAAUUGAUUCUAGAGUGGAUGAUUUUGCACAUAAAGACCUCGAGCUUGUACCUAACCAUACAGAAGGUGCCUCUGUCUUGCUGCCAAACUUUACUGUGAACAAUCAUCCUUCAUCUUCUCAUGCUGAAAGUAUGUUCAAUGCCGAAGUAUCCAAUUCAUGUAGAGCUGAUGAACCACCAAAUAACUCUACCUUCCAAGGCAAAGAGAGUGCACAUAGACCUGAAUUGGCUGUUUUUUCUUCAAAAACCGCAAAUCUUGAAAAGGCGUCCCAGCCUCCUUUUUCUCCCAAUAAUUUGGAAAUUAUGACUAGUGAAAUAUCUAAACCAAAACUUAUUCAAUACUAUCGAAAGCAUGGUUCUCCUCUGACGUAUCAAAGAACUGAUUUACAUUCAGAUCACAGUGCAGAAGACGCAAACUUAACUGGGGCAAUGAGUUCCGCUUGUAUUUUACAGGAGGAGGUUGACAUUAAAAGGGGAAUUACCAGAACAGGCAAUGACUCCACCUUUGUUCAGAAAGCAGGUGAAGAACAUUCAAUUAGGAAAUAUAAUGGACCUCUUUCUGAAAGUAUAAUUUGUAGGAAUGUUGGAGAUGUAUGCAUUCCUGUGACAAGUUCUGCCAAAGAUGCUUUGCUUGAUACAGGAAUUGGUGAAACUGGUGACUCAAAUAACUGCUUAAUGAGAGAUGUUUUGCUUGCACAUGAAGCCAAGCUCAAUGGACAACAUCGCGAUCCUCACAUUGUGGAAGCUAACCUCAAACCCAAGGACUUAUUCUUUGAUAUUGCUCCUUCUGUAUCUCAAAUUGAAAAAGUGUUUGACCAUGCCACGGAAUGCACCAUUGCAUCUGGCCGUGAUCCUUAUGGUUCCCAUGUGAAAAAUCAUCAAGGUGAUGCUUCCAAUGAGGUGGUCGAGCCACAUAACCUUAUGGGGUGCAGUAAUAUGGUAUCAUUGUUCCAGAAAAAGGAUGAGAAGUUCUUUGGUUGUGGCGAACAUAAUUCUAAGAAAGGCUUUGUUACGCUUGUUGGAUGCUAUGUUCAUCCAAGCCCAGUUCUCUCUGUACUUUAUAGUAACAAAGGAGAUGAUAUCAAUAUUUGUGUUUUAUGCGGUCAUUUGGGGGAUAAUGUUAGAACCAUUUUUAUUUACAAGGUUCCAAUUAAAGAGCCAAUUAGAGGAUACCCUUCUUUUCUUGCUUACUCAUCGAUCAUGCUGCCAAUUUCGAAAGAUUCAUUUGGAAGAAAAAUCGCACUUGAGAGAUAUGGGUUCCAAUUUACUCCGGAUGGGCAGUGUCUUGUUUUCCUGGACACUAUCAAGGCACCUUGUUGCAGGGAGCAAAGUAUUCAUUGUUUGUGUUCUGCAUGCACCUCACAAUCAUUUGAGGAGAAUGCUGUAAAGGUUGUGGCCGUGAAACUUGGUUAUGUUUCAGUCAUUGUCAAGUUAAAAGCUGUUGAAAGCAUUCGGUGUAUACUAGUUUGUGGAAACAGUCAUCUUGUUUCUGUUGAAGAGAGUGGGAGACUGCAUGUUUGGGUCAUGAAUUCCGAAUGGAGUGAGCAGGUGGAAGAAUUCAGUUUACAAAGUUUUGAUUCUAAAUCUCCCGAUGUAAUGGAAUUGAAAAGAAUCUCAAAGUGUGGCUCUCUAAUUGUUGGUCAUAAUGGUUUUGGAGAAUUUGGUUUGUGGGAUAUAUCCAAACGCACUCUCCUAUCAAGGUUUUCUGCUCCAAGCAGUUCAAUUUUUCAGUUCAUUCCAGUUGGUUUCUUCAACUGGAAACAAAGAGGCUUUGGCGCCAGUAGUACUGACAUGGAGGAGCAAGUCAGAGAGAUUAUGGCUGCUAUGGAGGUUUUGUUUUCAGGGGCAAGGGAAGACCAUGUCUCUCUUCCACUGAAUGGAGAAGAUAUAGCCAUCUGGCUUAUUGUCUUGACUGAUUCUAAUCUUGUGGUUCAACAUGAUGAUAGAUCAAACGGCUGCCAGACAAGUCCAGGUGGAUGUUGGAGGCUAGCUUUGUUGAUGAAUAACAUUGUGAUCUUUGGAAACCCAUUGGAUCCAAGAGCUUCUGCCGCUGAUGCAUUAUUUGGUCAUGGGAUCAUUGGCACACGUGAUGGGCUUGUGUACAUGUGGGAAUUGUCUACAGGAGCAAAGCUGUCUGAUCUGCAUCAUGUCAAAGGUGGUGUAUCACUUAUUGCAGCUGAUUCUGGGUCAGGUGUGUUUGCAGUAGCUGGUGAUGAAUGUCAGCUGCUGGUUUAUCUACACACCUAAAUGAGUUUUUGGGAGUAAAGAGCUAAAUAAGCCAAGUUGCUCCACUUCAAUCUCCCAAUAGCUUGAUCACUUACAAUGUGUCAUUUGGCUGAAAUGGAAGACACAAUGUUACGGAUCAAUGAGGGGAAGAAAAUAGAACACAGAAUCUAAUAGUUGAUGCAUUGAACACAGUACUUGUAAUCUUUUUGGUCAAGUAAUA